AUGGUUAAACGAAAGCUCGGAGCCUUAGAAAAGGUUGAGGCUGAUCUGCCUAACUUGCAACACAAGAUCCGGAGGGAUCCCAAGUCUUAUAUCGAGGAUUUCCGCGCCCAGCACUACCAAUAUGAAUCGCAUCGAGAAAUUUUCAUGGCGGCGCCCUCUGCGGCCACCGACACUGGCAUUAUCUCUCUGAGAGAGUUGAUUGACUUCAUUUCUCAUGUCGCUGAUUGCUAUCCUGAGAUCUUGAAGGACUUCCCGCAGCAGCUCAUUGACAUGCUGAUGCAACACCACCUGGUGUUGGAGCCGGAAUUGCGAGAGAAAAUCGUGGGAAGCAUCGUACUUCUGAAGAAGAAGGACCUCAUCGAUUCGGCCACGCUGCUUCACACCCUUUUCCCGAUUCUUAUUACCACGCCCAGCAAGACCCUCCGCGCUCUUUUGUUCACAAAAAUCCUGUCGGAGCUGCGCCAGGCUAAUUCGAAAACCACCAACCACAAGCUGAACCGAACGAUGCAGACCGUUUUGUUCAACUUGGUGACCUCCGAUCGUACGUCUUCCAAGGCUCUGUGGGCUAUCAAAAUCACCCGAGAGCUAUGGAAGCGCCAGAUCUGGACGGAUGCCAAAGCUGUUGAGGUUAUGAAAGAGGCGGCGCUUUCGCAGAAUGAGAAGGUGAUUGUUGGCGGAACGCGUUUCUUCCUGGGUGGUGACAAGGAGCGUGAAGAAAUGGAGGAUGAGAGCAGCGACGAAGAGACCCUUGAUAUUGGUCGCCUUCGUCAUACCCUGCAGAUCAAUAAGAAGUCGAAGAAGAAGGCCCGUGUUGCGGAGAAGGCCAUGGCUACGCAUAAGAAGAAGGAGCGCAAGAAGAACCAGCCUCACCCUCUCAACUUCUCGGCCCUUCACUUGCUCCAUGAUCCGCAGGGAUUCGCCGACAAUCUCUUCACCAAGCAUUUGCAAAACAGCAAGUCUAAGCUGAACUUGGAGCAGAAACUCCAGGUCCUGCAAUUGGUCUCGCGUCUGGUUGGCCUGCACAAGCUGCACAUUAUGCCGCUCUACUCCUACUUCCAGAAGUUCCUUACGCCUCGCCAGCCUUCGGUCACCUCCUUCCUUGCAUCGUUGGCCCAGGCAUCGCACGACCUUGUGCCUCCAGAUGUCCUUGAACCUCUCAUUCAGAAGAUUGCCAACGAGUUCGUCUCAGAAGCAUCGGCAGGAGAGGUUGCCACUGCUGGUCUCAAUGCCAUCCGAGAAAUCUGUGUAAGACAGCCCCUAGCAAUGAACGAAACCCUACUCCAGGACCUUGUCAUGUACAAGAAGAGCAAGGAUAAGGGUGUGAUGAUGGCCUCCAAGGGUCUGCUCAGUCUGUUCCGUGAUGUUGGAGCGGAGAUGCUUAAGAAGCGGGAUCGCGGCAAGGAAGCCUCCAUGGGUCUCCGCUCCGGCGAGAAAGAGCAGAGACGGUUCGGUCAACAGGAGAUCGGCGGAAUCGAGGGUCUCGAGCUGCUCGAGAAGUGGAAGGAAGAGGAGCGUCGCAAGAGACGUGAGGAGAAGGGUCUGGCUUCUGAUGCCGAGGAUGACGAGGACGAUGAGGAUGACUGGGCCGCCUGGAACGUCGAGGAUGAUGAAGACAGUGACGACUCUGGUGAAUGGAUCAACGUUGAGAGCGAUGUUGAGAUUGAACUCAGCGACUCUGAAGAUGAAGGCAAGGACCGACCCUCCAAAAAGUCCAAGCAGGAUGAACCAGAGACCAAGGAGAAGGACGAUGCGGCCCAGGAGGUCAAGCUAUCCACCCUCGCUACCACUCGAAUCUUGACUCCUGCCGACUUGGCCAAGCUUGCCGAGCUUCGUGCUCAGGCCUCUGUCGACUCUGCUAUCAAUGGGCCCAAGUCCCGCCGGGCUGCUCUGCUUGCUGCCCGUCACACGGACGACCCCUUGACUGCUGCAGAGAUCGAGGGCCUGGCUUCCUUGUCCGCUGCGAAGGCCACUCGUGAAGAACGCAUUGCCCACGCACGUGAAGGCAAGCCGGACCGCGAGGAGCACAAGAGCAAGGAAGGCCGACGCAGAGAACGCAAGCAGGAGCAAGGCAAGAGUACUACCAACAAGGAGAAGGCCCGCCGCAAGAACUUCCUCAUGACCCUGGGCAAGGCGAAGAGCAAGAACAAGCGCAGUCUGGUGGAGACUCGCGCUGUGCUGAAGGCGCACCACGAACGCCAGAAGAGAGGCGGCAAGCGUGGCAAUGCUGGAAACUGA